CCUCGUUCAACUUCGGAACAAACGAGGAAGAAGCAUUCUCUGAAAGCAAAAAAAAAAAAUACGAAAAAAAAAUUAUACAUUAUAUAUAUAUAUAUAUAUUUAAAAAAAUAUAUAUAUAUAUAUAGCGCGAGAGACAAUAACGGCCGCAUUAUUACACCAAAAGGUGUCAUCCAUCCUUAUUCUCCUUCACACAAAUUAUCGUCUUCUAAUAUUUACGUGAAACUUCAAGCACCAAGAAAGAUUUCCUAAGAUGCCUUUGAAGAAUAAUGACAAUGAGGUUUCAAACCAGACCUACUCGGAGUUAAAAAAUCCAGUUCAGAACAAAGUCUAUAAAAGAGAUCCAGACAAAAGGAUCUUUGUGAACCGGGGCCUCCUGAUGCAGAAAGUGAAAUAUCUCGGGUUUGACAUGGAUUACACUAUUGCUGUUUACAAAUCUCCCAAUUUCGAGGCCCUUGGUUUUGACCUCAUCAAAAAGAAAAUGAUUCUCAUGGGUUACCCUAAUGCUAUUGAGGACUUUGAGUACGACCACACCUUCCCAAUAAGAGGAUUGUGGUUCGAUACACUCUAUGGGAACCUGUUGAAAGUGGACAGUUUCGGUUACAUCCUUGUCUGUGUUCAUGGAUUCAGUUUCCUCAGUGGAAAACAAGUCUAUGAAUAUUACCCCAACAAGUUUGUCCACAUGGACGAAAAACGGUUCAGGAUCUUCAAUACUCUCUUUGAACUUCCAGUGAUGUACCUCCUCACUUGUCUAGUAGAUUUCUUCACCAACCAUCUAGACUACAUAUCUAUGAAGACAGGUGUGAAGUGUGCAGACCUGACCAUAGCCUAUAAGUCAAUCUACCAAGACGUCCUCCAGGCAGUUGACUAUGUUCAUGGGAAAGAUGGUCCACUAAAACAAGAAACACUGAAGCAGGUUGCCACUUAUGUAGUAAAAGAUGAAAGGCUUCCGAUACUCCUGGACAGAAUGAGAUUCCAUGGGACAAAGGUUUUCUUAGCUACAAACAGUGACUACAACUAUACGAAUAAUGUAAUGAGUUAUUUACUUAACGAUGCUGAAGAGGGGAGGAAUUGGACAACCUAUUUUGAUUACAUUGUAGUUGAUGCAAAGAAACCUCUCUUCUUCACUGAAGGAACAAUUUUACGCCAAGUUGACCUGAAAACAGGAGCCCUGAAAAUAGGGACCCACACAGGACCAAUGCAAAGCGGACACGUUUACUCAGGGGGAUCCUGCAAUGUGUUCACAGAUCUGAUUGGUGCCAUGCACCGAGACGUACUCUAUGUCGGUGACCACAUCUUUGGAGACAUUCUCAAGUCGAAGAAAACGAGUGGUUGGAAGACUUUUCUCAUAGUUCCAGAAAUUACGCAAGAACUGAAGGUUUGGACCAACAAACGCUCCCUCUUCGAUAAACUUGAUGAAUACGAUGCCAAGAUUGCCGAAGAGUACAAGUACCUCGACAGCAGCAGUCAUGUAUGCCCUGACAUCACAGCAUACCAAAGCAAAAUCAAGUCUGUAACACAUGAAAUGGACAUGGAAUACGGUGUAUUGGGAAGUUUAUUUAGAAGUGGUUCUCGACAGACCUUCUUUGGGGCCCAAGUUAUGCGGUACGCCGAUCUAUAUGCUGCCUCAAUUCUCAACUUGCUCUAUUACCCAUUCAGCUAUGUAUUUAGAGCACCACCAAUGUUGAUGGCACAUGAAUCAACUGUGUCACACGAGAAACAAGUGGUCGGCAGCGAUCUGAUGGCCAGUCGUUCGCGCUCUUUCAGUGAGAACUUAUCAGGAAUUUCCACCGAUGCUGCCAUUCCCAAGAGAAAAACACUGCAGCGUACAGAUAGCCUGGUACCACACCUUUAUGCCGACACACCAAAGGAAAUCACUCAAAUCCUGGAAUUCGAUGAAGAAGAGGAAAAAAGCAGAGACAUCAAAGAAGAAGACGAAGAAAAUUAUGCUGACCAAUAAUCAACAUCGAAUGUUAUUAAUUAGCAAUUAAGUGGAAGAUACAACCACUUCCUUCCUUUCUUUCUUUCUAUUUUUUUUCUUUUCUUAUAUAUACUUUAUACUUCUAUAUUCUCUGUACUUCUGUAUACCCUCUAUACUCGUGUAUAUUUUGUACAACUGUUUAAUCUAUACUCUUAUAUACCCAAUACAACCGAAUAAUCCCUCGGGUUUGAAAAUAUUAUAUACAUAGCUUGCUUCUAAGCAGUUAACGGUAUGGUACUCCCAAAAUAGUCUUAUAUACAAAAAUAUAUGUCUGUGUGUUUGUGUGUUUAUGUAUGUAUAUAUAUGUGUAUAUAUACACACACAAACACAUAUGUAUGGUGUGUUUAUGUGUGUGUGCAUAUGUGUAUAUACACACACAAACACAUACAUAUGAGUGGUGUGUUUAUGUGUGCAUGUGUACAUAUAGAUUAUCAAACAGAUCUCCAAAGGGAGUGGUGUGGGUCUGCGUGAACAAAGUUUGUCACAUUUUGUAUUAAUUGACAAAAGGAAUUCAGUGAACUCACCCCAGCGGAAAAAAGGGAAAGGUUGAAAAGAGAGAAAAUCACGAGAGAUGAUGGCAUUUUAAAUUCUCUGAUUAUGAGUUGCUGCCAUUUUUUCCCCUUCUUUAUUUUAGAAAAUGUAAAACCCAACUGUCUCCUCUGAAUUUAUCUCCUGUUAAAUUUCCCUUGGAGAAGGACUCUCUAAAACGUUAGAUUUUCUGCUCCCCAUGAAAGUAAACUGUACUCUUUAUAGAUGUGUGUGUGUGCGUAUGUGUGUGUGAGAGAGAUCCAAAUAAUAGGAUGAAGAAAUGCUUUAACACAUCUUUAAUGAUUCAUUACAAUUGCUUCUGUACCAACUCUGCUUUCAACACCAGUCUAUGUAAAUUUUCACUUUGAAUAUUGUGUAAACUGAUGUUGCAAGCAGAGUUGGCACAGAAACAAUUGUAAUGCAUCAUUAAAGAUGUGUUAAAGGAUUUCUUUAAUCUCUUCAUUUGGAUUUAUAGCUUACUCUUCACUGCACCAACAAAACAGUUUCACCAUCAUGAAACUAGGAUUUUCUACACUUGAAGAAUUUCGCUAUCAGUCAGGAAUCUGACAGUGUUGACAGCUCAGAACUCAGGGUGAGUGCUUCCCUGGAAAUACCCCACCAGGACCUAAGAUAUAUAUAUGUGUGUGUGUAUGCAUGUAACAGAGUUAUAUAUACAUAGUUUAUGGCUAUUGUCAAAGCUUUGUUUAAAUUUCUACAACUUUAGAUCUGUAUACAGCUAAAUUAAUCUGUAGGAAGUAUAAGUAAAGGAAUUUAAUCUCGAAAAUAUAAUCUUCAAAUACCUGCGGUCAUUCUGGCCACAAUCAUUUUGUAUUUACUCAUUGUUAUGCAGCAGUUUUUUUCUAGUUAUAUUCUGAAUCCCAUAUUCCAGGCUUGUUAGUCAAAUAUAAAAUGGGUUUUAGUUGAAUAAGUGGGAGUCUUUUAUACGAGCUUAUGAAAUAAAUACAAAGUGAUUAUUAA